AUGUCAGAUAUCAAGGAUGGGAACAAUGACCAUCUCGUAGAGUCCGAUGACCCCGAGCAUCCCGCAAAUUUAAUCCCAGCGCUCUGCCGCAAUUUCUACAGCCAUGGCUGGGUAACUGGCACUGGAGGCGGGGCUUCUAUCAAACGUGACAAUCACAUCUUCAUAGCACCAUCCGGCGUGCAGAAGGAACUAAUCCAACCCCACAACAUCUUCGUCCUCUCCUAUCCGACCCCCAAAUACCCCCCCUCCGCCCGCCAAUAUAUCCGCAAACCACUCAAGUUGAACCCAUCCGCCUGCACACCUCUCUUCCUAGCGGCCUUCGAACGCGGAGCUGGAUGCUGCAUCCAUACACAUUCCCAAUGGGCGGUGCUUGUGACGCUGCUCGUGGAGCGGGAGAAGGGCCCCGAGGGUUGCUUUGAGAUUAGCAACAUUGAGCAAAUCAAGGGCAUCCCUAGAGGCAAAGGCAAGGGCAUGAUGGGGUUCUAUGAUACGUUGAAGAUCCCUAUUAUUGAAAAUACGGCAUUUGAGGAGGAUUUGACACAGAGUCUUGAGGAGGCUAUGGAGAUGUAUCCGGAUACCUAUGCGGUUUUGGUUCGGAGACAUGGCAUAUAUGUUUGGGGAGACGAUGUCGCAAAGGCCAAGACGCAAUGCGAAAGCUUGGAUUAUCUUUUCCAGCUUGCGGUUGAAAUGCAUAGACUUGGUCUGCCUUGGGUGAAAUCGUGA